CACCGUACGCAAUUUCCUCCGGGGGAGCGUUUAACUGCCCGGAAACGGAAGUCUCGUUCUUUUCCGUCCUUUUCGCUUGUCGUCGCUCGCUGUGAGUGUUCCGGGCGGUACUCGGGAACUAGGGGGUGCCGGCCGCGCUGUCCCGCGCCCCUCGCAGCCAUGCCUCGCAAAAUCGAGGAGAUCAAGGACUUCCUGCUCACGGCGCGGCGGAAGGACGCCAAGUCUGUCAAGAUCAAGAAGAAUAAGGAUAAUGUGAAGUUCAAAGUGCGAUGCAGCAGAUACCUUUAUACGUUGGUCAUCACAGACAAAGAGAAGGCAGAGAAGCUGAAGCAGUCCCUGCCCCCAGGUUUGGCAGUGAAGGAGCUGAAAUGAACCAAGCACGCUGAUUUGAACUGUUAAAAUUCAAAAAAAAAUUUCUUUUUUCAGUGUCCUUUGUCUUUGAAGACGGGAAGGGAAAUGUUCCUUGAUUAUGGUUUCUGGUGGGAACAGGAUGGGUGUCCUGGUUUCCACCUCCGUGUAUCCCUAAUCUUGGGCUGUGGUUCCAAUGGACAAAUAAAGUCAUCCCUUUUUUAGUCUAA